GUUCAUAUCAUGUAUGUAGUUCACUCUAUGAAUACUAUUUUGCUGAGAAAUGUGUGCUUAUGAUGGGUUAUUUGAUGUUUUUAUGGGUCAUUUUGAUGAUGUUUUUUUUAAUGACUGGCGAGAUUGCCCGGGUUUGCUAUACAGUGCGUAUCAAAAAAAAGUUUACACUUUGAAAAAAUCCUGUAAAAUGAAACAUUUGUAAUAUCCUGAAGAUUUUUCCACAUUUUAACAUUGGUACAGAUCUAUUUAAAUUUAAGCAAAUGACGAUAUAACUGUCGAAAAAUAUAUAUAUGUGAGCACCACUUUUAAAAAGUUAGUGAAAAAUGAUAUGAAAUGGUUAAAUGCGAAUAAAAGUAGAUAAUCAUGAAGAACACGUUGAAUUUAGCUAGUAAAAUUGAUUUGAAGAUAUCUUUUACCUUUUUAAAUUUUUUUCCUUGCCCAAAACACUUCGAAGAGUGCAUUGGGCCCCACCACACUCCCCCACACACCGAGGCAAUCGUGACGAUAUUUGCUUUACACUGAGCUGUGAUUUACAUAAAAUGGCUUAGGCUUGAUUUUCAUUUUGUUAAUCAUUGUCAAGCUUGGAAAAGGGGUGGAUAAACAAGUAUUAAAUAAAAAAUGAAAUGUAAACCCACUUUAAAUGAUAAAAACUUAGUGAAGAAAUGCUGGAGAUGUCUGAUAUAAACUUUUGUUCAGAUUUAGUUAUGUCCUCAGAUCCAGCUGGCACAAAAAGGGUAAAUGUUGUGCUUACUAAGUGUUGAAAUUUCAAUUUGGGUGGCAAAAUUGUUACCAAAUGCUUGAAUGUAUCUAUUUUAUUUCAAUUGACUAAAAGUGCAAACAAAAUGUAUGAGAAAUGUUUCGCAGGGUAAAUUUGAUUUCGCCCUUUUUCCUUGACACAGCGUGAAAACAAGCAUUUCUGCGCAAACAGAUUUCUGCGAGCUUUACAAAAAUGGACAGUGCUCACUCAAGUGUAACAUUCUGUCAAAAGUUUUACUUGCAUUGGAUAGAUGAGACCCAAACCUAAGAUUAUAUGUGAAUAAAUUACCCACUUACUAAAUAGGUUCAUUAUUGCGGAUUGAAAAAAUCGCUAGAGGGUAUUCAUUUGUCUCGCAAUCUACUAUGGUCAACAAGGAAAUUCGUGAUCACUCUCGCAAAAAGUGUUCACUGGCUUUCUAGGAAAUUCGUGAUCACUCUCGCAAAAAGUGUUCACUAGCUUACAAGUUCACGAGCUUUCGAGUGCCGCUGCAACUCUUUAUCAAGUGACGGAAAUUAUCUGAUAACGUACUCUAUUUAUACUAAUCUCCAGGACCGUACGCACGAACGCGAGAACAAUAGGUGGGCAUUGAUCCGUUGCGUCGGUGUGCGGUGCGGCCGGUAAUCCGUAUAUGCAAAUAUGCCGGGGGUAUAUGCAAAUACGCCGUGGGUCGGCAAUAUGCAAAUUAGACCAAAAUUGGCGGGCUCGCUAGUUUCCCGUGGGCGGGGGUUGACUAGCUGAUCGGUCCCGCGUUCGGGGCCGGGAACGAUCGGGUCGGCGUGCACUGCCAGGUAAGGGGGUAUUGUGCUGUCGGAUGGUUCGCAUCCAGAAGUCGGGGAUGUCGAUCCCGCUGUCUCUGUUGAAGUUGUUAGGACAAAGACGUAUACUAAUAGCCUCCUUAAUCCUGCGUGUAUACCAAUGUCUCUCUUUGGCAAUGCAAUGUACACCCUCCCAAUCUGGGUGGUGUUGCUUCUCCCAAGCAUGUUCUGCCACCGCGGAUGUGUCGGUUCGCUGUAACCGAACAUCGCGCUUGUGUUCAGAAAUGCGUUCAACUAUCGGUCGGGCUGUUUCUCCGAUGUAAGACCCGUCACAUCCCUGGCAAGGAAUGUUGUAUACUACGCCAUCACGUCUGUGAUCAGGGAUAGGGUCUUUGGGGUGUACAAGCUGUUUGUGUAAGGUGGUGUCCGAGCGGAAAACCGUUCGGAUACCGUGACCUUCUAAUCGGCGUUUAAGUUGUUGUGAAAGGCCAUCUAUGUAUGGCAAGACUGUGCAAGUCUUGAAAACCUUCUGAUCCCUUGGUGGUUGUUUUUUCUUCAAAGUGUCACAGGGAUGUGAGGAUUAUAUUUAAGUCACUGGACAAGGGUUGAUUUUGUUUUGCUUUGUUGAUUAUAUAAAAUGUGUAAUUAUUCUCUUACAUGUAACCCCCCCCCCCCCUUUAAAAUUCUUUACAUAAAUCACCCAUUAUUUGUUGACAAUGAUUCUACGGUUAUAAAGGUAAAUUUUAUUUUUGGCUAGAGGUUGUGUGUCAGCAAUAUCAGCAAUGUAGAGGUACUACCCAACAUUUUUUGUCCAUAAGAUCUUAAGUAAACACAGGCCGAAAACUAUUACACAUAUAACAAUUUAACACCCAACAUUAUUAAAAACUUUUACGAAAAAAUGCAGUAAAAAGAGAUUACAUGGAAAACCAUAUUAUUUUCCAGAAGAAAUGCAUGUCUAUAGGAUAUGUAUGUGCUACGUAAAACAAUGUUUAAUGUAUAUUAGUUGAAUAUGAAAGCAUUUCUUUAUCUCAUUUAUGACAUUAAUCAGGUAAGAGUAAAGACAGUAAUGAUGAUAUCUACCAAGAUAUGGAAGUAGAGGAUUCCUACGAUGGACCGCAUCUCAAAUUCCCUCUCUCUUUGGAUCAGGUAGAGAAGAUGAUGGAGGCUUUCAAGGAACAGAAACUACUCCAUGCUAAGUAUGUUUUAAUGGUGCUUAGGGAGACAGAGAAAGUCAUGAAAACAAAGAAGAAUAUCAACAGAGCUACCACAGCUAUUGCCAAACAGAUUACAGUUUGUGGUGAUUUACAUGGUGCUAUUGAGGAUUUAUAUCUGGUGUUUUACAAGAAUGGUUUACCAUCUGCUGAGAACCCUUAUAUCUUCAAUGGAGACUACGUGGAUAGAGGAAUGCAUUCAGUAGAGAUAGCUCUUAUUCUCUUCUCAUUCUUCCUCCUUUUUCCUAAUGAGGUCUACCUUAAUAGAGGCAAUCAUGAGGACUACAUUCUUAAUCUCAGAUAUGGUUUCUUAAAGGAAGUGCAAUCUAAAUAUGGUGCCAAGAGAUCACAUGCACAGAAGAUAAUUGGUCAGUUUCAGGAUUUGUUUGCUUGGUUACCGUUAGCAACAUUGAUUGAUAGCAAGAUUCUGAUAUGUCAUGGAGGUAUCUCAGAUAAGACUGAUCUCACAUUUCUGGAUAAUAUGCCAAGACACAAGUAUCUGUCUGUAUUGAAACCACCACUGAAAGAAGGAGCAGAUGAAUUGACAGGAGAAGAAGAAGAUUUGAGUGCUAAGAUUGAUCUAUCAGAGUGGAGACAGAUACUAGACAUACUCUGGAGUGAUCCAAGGAGUCAAGAUGGAUGCCAACCAAACACAUUCCGAGGAGGAGGGAGCUACUUUGGUCCCGAUGUAACCAAAAAGGUGUUAGCUAAACAUGGAAUUGAUCUGCUCAUUAGAUCACAUGAAUGCAAACCAGAGGGAUAUGAAUACACACAUGGAGAAAAGGUCUUGACGGUAUUUUCAGCCUCUAAUUACUAUGAAGAAGGGAGUAAUCGAGGAGCCUAUAUCAAGUUUGGUACAGAUCUCAAGCCUCGAUGUGUUCAGUAUCAGACCUCGGUUAAUAACACCAAGAAGAUGACCAUGAGACAAAGAGUAAGCAUCGUAGAAGAGUCCGCCUUAAGAGACUUAAGAGAGAAGAUUGGAGCAAAUACCACAUAUCUUAGACAAGCCUUCCAGAAACAUGAUCCGAACAACACAGGUUACAUCACAUCUACUCAAUGGGCCAGGACUAUGGAAGAGAUCCUCGAUCUGUCAAUCCCAUGGAGAACUUUGAAAGCCAGGAUGUGCAGGACUAACGAUGCUGGAUUGAUUGAAUAUGAGUCUUGCCUUGAGAUGGAGCUGACUUACAGCGGUGGUAAAGGUGGUCCUAGUGUGACAGAAACGCUUUACAGGAACAAGAAUGCUUUAGAGACAAUCUUUAGAGUCAUGGACAAAGACCAUUCAGGUUGUAUCAGCAUGGAUGAAUUCCAGGAUGCUUGUCAACUUCUUAGUAAACACAUUGGUAGUAACAUUCCUCCUGAGACUGUGAAGGAUAUGGCACAAUCAAUUGAUAUCAACAAGGAUGGUAACAUUGAUUUUAAUGAGUUCCUUGAGGCAUUCCGUCUUGUUGAUACUCAGGGUAUCAAGUUGGAUGGACAAACAUCAACACAGAACUCACCGGCUCAUGUACCUAAUGGAGAAAACAAUCAACUUUAGUAGGACUUUGUGUUUACAACCAAUAAUGCUUAUUAGCAUGGCUCUCAGCAAGCUUGUAUAGCUCAUGGAGAGAAUGAUAAAUUUAAGAACCAUCUCAGCUUAGAAUCAUUCACUUGCUCAUGGAGCUGUUGGAACAUCUAAUCAAUUGAGACUAGAGGAAAUAUCUCCAUGAUCAAUCGUAAGAUUCCUGGAUAACAUAGAUGAAUGCUCACGUUCACACUGAAGUAAAGGAAUGCUCCAUUAUGAAGUGUACAAAUAUUGGAGAUAAAUUUAGACUGGAAUGGUAUCAGCGUCAGCACCUUUUAAAACCUGAAAAUGUAUAUAGACAAAUAAUAACUGUAUAGCUUCAUUGUGAUAUGAAUUCAAAUAAUGAAUUUGAAUCUUUUAUGCAUGGAUUGUCAGCUUGGAAAUCUGACUAUGCCUAUGCAGUAGAUUUUACAUGUCAUACAUUAUUCUUCACUUGUAUCUUUUGAUGGUCAAUGAAUCCUCAACAGCUCUGAAAUUCCUUUGAGUAAUUGCAUUUUCUAUUUUGUGUUUGGGCUGUGUGCAUAAUUAUGUAUAAAUAUUGUAAAGAUAUUUGUGUAUUGGAUAAAUGUGAGGAUAAAAGAUCUUUAAAUUACUACUAAACAAUGCCCUGCUUAUUCAACACAGGGAAUUUUGAGAUGUUUGUGUUUUAGUGAUCAGUGUGAUCUUGACUCCAUUAAGUUUGCUAUUCGAUGCUUUAAA